CUCGCCCUUGGCUUCAAUGGCUGAAGUUAGGCCUAGAACCCACUUGCUAAUUUUCUUCUUGGGUGCAUUCCUCUGUUUCUUUAGCGGCAAGUCAUCAUCGUGGCUCAUCAACGAGGAAGAUAAUGGAGCUAGUAUGGUCCAAACGCGGAGGGGUUCCACUGGGAGCUGUGAUUUAUCUGUUGGUAAAUGGGUAUCUGAUCAAACGUAUCCUUUGUAUGAUUCUAACUGCCCCUAUCUGAGUACUGCAGUAACUUGUCAAAGGAAUGGACGGCCUGAUUCUAACUAUGAGAAGUGGAGGUGGAAGCCAAAUGGGUGUUCUCUUCCGAGGUUUAAUGCCUUGAAAUUUCUUGCUAAGAUGAGAAGGAAAAGGAUAAUGUUGGUGGGUGAUUCAAUUAUGAGGAACCAAUGGGAGAGUCUUGUGUGCUUGGUGCAAGGAGUCAUACCUACUGGGCAUAAGAAGGUGACCUACAAUGGUCCUUCCAUGGCCUUCCAUGCACUGGAUUUUGAGACUACUAUUGAGUUUUCUUGGGCUCCUCUACUUGUGGUACUGAAUAAAGGACCUGACAAUAAGAGAAUCCUACAUUUGGAUUCGAUCGAGGAGAAUGCAAGAUUUUGGAGAGGAGUUGAUGUUCUUGUGUUUGAUUCAGCACACUGGUGGACUCAUUCCGACCAAUGGAGUUCGUGGGAUUAUUACAUGGAGGGAAAAUCACUCUAUAAAACAAUGAAUCCAAUGCUCGCAUACCAGAAAGGACUCACUACAUGGGCAAAAUGGAUAGAGUUAAAUCUUGACCCUCGCCAGACCAGAGUGAUAUUCAGAAGCAUGUCACCUAGGCACAACAGAGACAAUGGCUGGAAAUGCUACAACCAGAAAACCCCCCUAGCAUUUUUCAGUCACCCCCAUGUUCCUCAACAGUUACUGGUGCUAAAAGGAGUGUUGAGAAGAAUGAGAUAUCCAGUAUAUCUCCAUGACAUAACAACCAUGUCAGCUUUCCGUAGAGAUGGGCAUCCGUCUGUGUAUAGAAGGGCUUUAGACCAAGAGGAGAAGCAGCAUCCACAAUCAUUUUCCUCUGAUUGCAGCCAUUGGUGCCUCCCAGGAGUCCCUGAUAUUUGGAAUGAGAUGUUGAGUGCACUGCUCUAGGUGAAAAUCUCAUAAAAUUUGAGAACUGUUCUACUAGACAUAGCCUUUUUUUUCAUCUCAUGAUUUGUGUGUUCAGCGAGUUGAUGUACGAUAAUGUUGUCAAAGAAUGAUGUUAUGUUUGGCUUGUGAAAUUCAGAGAUUCAAGCAGCCUUGAAUUGUAUUAUAAUAUGUUUUCCAUCUGUCCCUGACUUAUGAACCUACUUUAUACUACUAAAGUUAAUCAUACCUG